CCUUGGCGCCCAAAGUUUAAACACUGCACUUCUAAGUCCUAACAUCAUUUCUUUCUCCCUCUCACUUUCUCAUCGCCAUUUUUUCACAAAAAUCGCAGAAAAUGUACAACUACGAAACAAAUUUCUCAGCAAAUUCAAUUCCAGAAUCUUCAAAUCCUCCAUUAUCAUCAUCUUCAUCUUCAUCAUGUAAUCAAGGUCAUCGUUCUUCUCUCAUCCUCGAAACCGAAGAAGGAGGUUGCAUUUGCUUGCUUUGCUUCACAAACCUAAUCUCAAACCCUAAUUCUCCUACUUUUCAUGUCUCUUACGCUUUCUCUCAGCUAUCUCAUGCUGUUUCUCAACCAUCUUUUCUCUCUCCUCUUCUUUCUUACCAUUUUCAUCUCAUUCUCUCUCCUCUCGUUCACUCUCUUUCCUCCUUCGAUGACGAACAAAUAUGUCGACAAGUCAAUGAUCUUGUGUCCGAUCUCUCUGAUGUUGGUGGUUUUUCGGUUUCCGCUGAUUUUGUAUCCAGAAUUGCUGAUGUUUUAUCCUCAGGUGAAUUCUGUUGGAGCCGACGUCAAUUUUACUUGCUACAUUGUCUGGGAGUUCUUUUGACACGUCAAACAGAUACUUAUGGUUGUAUCAAAGAUAAAACUGUAUUGAUCAACAACCUAGUGACCGGUCUUCAGUUUCCAAGUGAAGAAAUGCGAGGGGAGAUUAUGUUUGUCUUAUACAAGAUAUGUAUCCUCCAGUAUUCCAGUAAAGACGAGGAAGGUGCUGAUAUAUUGCUUGAGUAUUGUCCCAUGAUCUUGCAGUUAUCAUUGGAUGCACUUAUGAAGAUUCAAAGGGAUGAUGUUCGCUUGAACUGUUUAGCCCUUUUAAAGGUGUUGGGACAAAGAGGAUUCCUUGCAAGAACAUUUUCAAGUGAAGUCAACAUGGAUACCUGCGAAGCUGAUGACUAUUCUCAAACCUCCAACGGUGAAGCUAAUGGCAGUUCUAUGAGUAGAUUAUUUGCCGAGGCUAUAAAGUCUCCAUUGCUCUCCCCUGAUAUUCAAGUUCAAACUUCUACACUAGACCUCAUCGUAAAUUGUUUGACAUGUGGGGAUUGCUCACUCAAGCAGAUUCAAGUCUUGGUGGAAGAAAAUCUUGCAGACUACAUCUUUGAAAUACUGAGGCUCUCAGAUAAUAAAGAUCAAAUUGUUAGCUCUUGCGUACAAGUUCUUAAUCUCUUAUCAACGGCCGAAGACACCUUCACGCAAAGGCUUUCCCUUGGGUUCUCUACUUUAGUCUCUGUUCUGCCUGGGGUAGUUGAAGUACCUUUUCAUCCUAUUCAGCCUCAGAUGCUAAAGCUCGUAUUGGAUGGCAUCUCUACUUCCCCUGGAGUAGUAUCUGCGAAACUUGUUGAAGCAAUAAGUAGUUCCUUGGCGCUAAUGCUAAAGAGAUACACUACUGGAGAGAUGGGUAUGCUUCCUGAAACAUUUAGUACCAUCUGUUCCAUUCUUGUUGCUCUUGUGAAAUCUCCUUCUGCUAGUGGAGCUUCAAUACUGAUGGCUACUGUAUCAGAAGCAUCAAGACAUGCAUUAUUGGCCUCAUUGAGCAUAAUUGACCUUAGUAGUUGCCAACUUCUGCAUUCUUUAUCUCUGCUGAAAGAAGCAUACUCGUUUAGUCAGAAAAUCAGCUCCACAAGUAACAGUCCAGAGAUGCAACUGAGGAAUUCUGUUAUAGAAAUAUGCCAAAAUCACAUAUUACCCUGGUUUACAACAGAAAUUAAUGGAUUAGAAGAGGAAAGUGUUUUGGGAAUAUUGGAGACCUUGCACAUUAUAUUGUCACAAGCUCAUGAUACUCAAGCCUUGCGACUCACACAUGCUCUACUUUCGAAUUCUUGGUUCAGCUUGUCUUUCAGAUGUUUAGGUCUUUACCCAAGUGAGAUUAUGAGAUUGAGGGUGUAUCUGAUGUUGAGUACAAUUGUCGAUAAUCUUCUUGGAGAUGAUUCUGGUGGACCCAUCCAAGCAGUUGCUUCUACUCUACCAACAGAUCCUGUUGAUCUUCUGUUUCUUCUUGGGCAGAAAAACAACUUCGAGCUGUCAUCUUGCCAGACUGCUAUACUGCAAAUACUAUAUAUCAGCUCAUUAUAUGACGAAAUGGUCGCUGACAAGAAGCUAAUUUUGACUUCACUGGAGCAAUUUAUGCUUGCCAAUAGCAGCCACUUGCUUUUUGGAUCUGCUGACUCAAAUGUUAUAAUCUAUUUGUUAAAUCUUUAUGCUCUAUGUAGAAGCUUUGCGAAGACAAAUUACCAAAUCUGUUAUAGUCCAGAUGCAGAAAAGAUUUUCUUCCAGCUGUUAGAGGAGCGAGAUUGGGAUUUAUCAUCUUGCAAUAUUCACCCGUCUUCUCUAAGAUGGCUGUUUCAACAGGAGCAAAUUACCAAAUCCUUGUCUAGCCAGAUCCUCAAACUCUGUCGAAAUAGUGGCUCAAAUGGGACUCUAGUGGACUCCAGUGUUCUUAAUUUUCAGGAUAUUGCGCUUUUAGCCUCUGUAGGAGACAACCUUUUACCAAAAGUAUUGGUCCUUUUGCUGAAACAGCAUGUUGGGGUAGAUAUGUUGCUAGAGGAUGUAAUGUCAUUGCUUCACUUCAUAUCAUUAGUUAUUAACGCCUUUCCGCAUGCUUCAGAUCAACUCUGCAUGCAUGGGAUGGACAAUGCAAUUCAGAAUCUGUGUUCAAAUAUGUUAUGCUCUUCCUCACUUGAGAAUGACAUGAUUGUUUCACGUUUUAUCUUCAUCAUUUUAUGUUCUGUGCAGUCUCAAACACUCUACUGUGAUGAAGCUUGGCUUGCAGUUAUCAUGAAGUUAUUGGAUUCCUUUGCUUUAAGAAUGAAGACUAAUGGAUGGACAGAAGAGCAUCUCUUAGUACUUGGUGUCCUUUCAUUGGUUUUGCAUCAUUCCACUCAUGGUGCACUUGUAGAAACUGCAAAGUUCAUACUUCUGAAUUCUUCUUUAGCCCCCCUAAUGCGAGCCACAUUUGAUGGGCUCUUUGUAAAUGGAUCCGCUUCAAUCGAGCAAGAAGAGGAAACGGACACUGAGCAAGCCUUAGUAUUUAUACUGUUAUUUAGCCACUUUUACCUAAGAAGUUUGCAAGUCGUUCUACCAGGAAACAUGGAUUGGCAGAAUUUUUUCUGUAUACCAGAAAAGACGUGCACACUUCCUUCAAUUGGAAUCCUUUGCCAGGAUGUAUGCAGGUUCCUGCAUUUUGGCUCAUCCCUGGUCAAAUUGGUUGCCUCGUAUUGCCUAAUUGAGUUGUUAAACGGAAUCACUGAUCAACAAAACGGUGUCAAUUGCAGCAUGGGGUAUUUAAGGUCCAUGGUUGCAAUAUUAGAAGGCCUAGUAUUCCACCAUGAUCUGCGAAUUGCCAUGAACUCUGGCCUCUGCCUAUCGAUGAUAUUCAGUUGGGAAGUACCCACAAGCUUAGUGAGAAACAACAGCUGGUGCAGGACAAUUGUAGAAGAACUAGCAAAAUCUUUGGCUGCUCCAUGUUCAGUGUCGACAUCAUUCAUGAAUCAUCACAGGCCUGCAGUGUACAUUACUAUAGCGCUUUUAAGAUCAAAGACUAUUCCUUCAUGGAUGAAUUCCGUGCUCAAUGAAGCCUGUGUAUCUGGUAUAAUUGAAAAUCUCUCUCCUAACAACAUAAGUGUUGAGGUGGUUCUCUUAUUUCAACAGCUACUUCUGUCAGCUUACCUGAAGUCUGAUCAAAUUGCCAAAAUAGAUCAUCUGCUUCAGGCAUGUCGAAGAUGUAUAUGCAUGGAAAAUAAUGAAGAUGAAUGCAUAGAAGAGAAUGGAAGGAAGGUAGUCACUAUGUCGAGCGACAUGGGAGAAGUUUGUGAGUUUCUACUUCAAAUAAUGUCUUCUGAAUCACAUCUGGAUAUCAAUACUGGCGGACAUCAUGCUAAAGCUAACAGAUUAAUGGAAGAAACAGACUUGUUUUCUAGGCUUGCUGCGGGAAAUAGAGAGGUUUGAGUAAUGAGUGAUAACGUAUAAGUUAGACUUCAUAUAGAAUUUAUGGUCAUGUUGGUGGGUUCAUUAUCAUUAUCCAAUCAGUUGAGGUUAUAUGGUAGUAAAUGUAUAUAAAAAUACAUUAUAAAGAUACGUGCUAGUGAGUAGCGACCUUAGUGCUUCAUAGAUCAGUUUUACUUUUUUAUAUGCUUCAAACGUUACACUUGUAAUAAUAAAUUGUUGUAAAUUAAAUGCAACACUUUCUCUU